AUGUCUAUCGACCGCUCACCCCAAGCCCCAAAUGCGACUUCACCAGUGGCACCUAUGUCGCCGUCCGCGCAACGAGCGGCAUCGCCAUCCGACGAUGGUCGCUCAAGUAAUGCCAGUCGGGCGCCGUCGAGCCAGGAUCCCUACUACUCCAACGAAGACAUUGCUGCACUGCACUCUGUUGUCGUUGCCGCGCAGGAGUUGCUCGACACGGCCCCCGAACCGAAACCACUCCCCGCUGCUGCGCUCUUCAAGGCCUACGACCAAGUUCUCCCUACCUAUGGCAUUGACCCCGAUACAGAUCAUCACCUAUCGACCUUCGUGUUCCGAGUAGGCGGCGAGAGAGGCGGCGGCACUUUGCUCGACAAGUUUCAGUCUAUUCUGGGCCGCAUGGGAAUUGUUCUCGAGUUCGGCGACAAUACCACCGCAUCAUCUCGUACAUCACCAUCUGCGUCUCCCGCAUACUCAUCGACAAGUCGCCAAAGCCACGGUCUUGUGCGGGAGAAAAAUGGCAACUCUACAUCUGAAGGAGUGGCUGUGUCUCGGCCGUCGGUUGUGCCAUUAGUACAAUCAUCCGCUUCGCCAGAAUCACAACCACAGCAAAAUCAUGUAGACUUUUCCGACACAGACGAGGAGGAUGGUGAAUACGAGGAGAUGCGGAGGGCUGUUCUCUCUUCAGCCAUGAAUCGCUGGCGUUCUCUGGUCGCGAACCGUCGAACACAACAGGCGCAACGAAUUCCCUCUUUUCCGAGCAUCCCCGAGGAAGCUUCUGCCGAUGUGAGGAACUUUGAGGACCGCCCCUUUCAAGAUCGACCAGCCAUCACGGUUUCGGAGGCUUCGACCAUUCCACGUAUCAAUGGUGUUAAACCAGACGGCCAGGUAUCGGACAAGGGAACAACGGAUGUGAAUGUGCACCCGAUUUCACCACUGUCCCCAGUCAAACCCCGUCCUGCUAUUAUCGAUGCCAUCCGGCCAUCGACAGCUUCUACGCAACAGAGUCAGAAUGAUGCGGUUGUUGCGCAUCAUGAGGACGACGCCCCCUCUUCACCCAAAGAACAUCUCACUACGCACCCACAGGAAGUUGAAGAAGAGCCUUCCAAGCAUUCUAUCGCUCCCUCUGUACCGGAAGUUUAUGUUCCACCAGUACCCGAAGUACGCAUUGCGCCAACAGUGACCCAGCUUGAUGUCAUGCAGCGCGAUGAGAAGACGAGGAGUCGGCCUUCAACACCUCCGGAGCCCACAGACAAUACGACAUUAAAGCAGCACUCUGUGCAGGAAUCUGAAAGAGGGCCUUCGACGCCACCUGUUCAGCAACCCGAUCCAGAAAAGGAGUAUCAACGACUUCUAAGACGUGCCAGUCGGGCUCGUGAGAUAUACCUUGCGAGCAAGGUCUUCAACCAUUGGGCUGAUCGCACUGCCCGUCGGCUCGAACGAGAUGCUGUUGCUAGACGGCAUAUGAUCAGAUUUCGUUACUUCCGAUCUUGGUGCCAGGCUCCUGUCGUCCGGGAGCCCACAGUUGAUCACAUGAGGGCAGCUGUUGUGGUAAGGAAGUGGCAGCGGAUUGUGACACAAGAGAAAACCCUUGAGGCUAUGGCGAAGGCAGCGGCCCGGGCCUAUCAAUUGAAGAAGAUUCACCAAGUCCUGGAUCGUUGGUCUUGUCUUCGCUUGGAGCACGUUGGCCGUCAAAUCACGGCCUCGCACAGCAGAACAAGAGUCAUCUCAAGGUGGAUGUUGCAGGCUUCUAAUGGUGUGGCCCUGGAUGAAGCCAUCAAGUCCCAAGUAGGACUGCAACAGCAACUGAACGCCAUCCACAAGUGGCAAGGUUAUGCUGAAAGGGAAACCAUACUUGCCGACAGCGCUAGGCGUAUGGGCAAUGUCCACCAGUCCUUUACACAUCUGAAGGAGUGGUGGGAUCAAGCCGAGAUUGGUCGACGAGCGACCACGUAUCGUCAACAUCUGUUGAUGAAGAAAGUGGAUUUUGCUUUUGAUCAGUGGAACCUACAGGCAAGGGCCCAGGCCUUCAUAUGGAGGCGCGAAUAUCUCCAAGUUACUCGAGUAUUUGACCGAUGGUGUCAAAGAGCUGAGCAGGAUGGCGACAUGUCACGGAGAGCGGAGAGCUACUAUGAGACCCAGGCUAAAUCAAGAGCUCUGGAUUGUUUCCGCCGCUUCGACCAGGAAUCAUCACACAUGACGCGUUUGGAGGACCGCGCACGCCUUUACCUUCGAGCAACCUCUUUGUUGAGAGUGUUUGACAGGACGGUGAAGCGCCGUCAGGAUCGGGACAAACAAUAUGUGAAACGAUACCUGAUGGCAAGAUAUACCCAGGUGUCAUCGGCAAAGAAGAAACGCAACUUCUUUGCUGCCCUUGACCGAUGGAGAGCACUGGCUGCCGAGGAUCGAGAGCAAAGAGACAUGGCUCUGGAGCUUCACAACCGAAAACAAAACCACCGGCAAAUACUGGUCGCUGAAGAAUGGGCGAAACAAGCGGCUAUCGAUCAAAAGCGUCUGCAAGACGCCCGACUAGAGCAUGCCCAGGGAUGGCUAGACGCAUGGAAGGAACAUGCUGAGGAUCUGGAGCAACGAGACGUGGAAGCCUGGCAGCUUUGGGCGGCAGACAAGCAAAGGCAAUCUCUGAAGUCGUGGUCAAUCGCGUCACUACAACAGAGCGGACAGGCUCAUACGGCACUGGAAGUCCGUAAGAAGCACGAACGGGAGAGACGCAAUCGCAUCUUGCAAUACUGGAGGCAACGUGAUGACGGGUUGGAGAAUAUACCGCCAGGAUUCAACUCGCAGCCUAACUCGGUCGUUCGCUCAUUGAAUUGGUCGCGUGGAAGCUGGAGGGGCUUCUCGGGAAGGAGGUCAACACUUAACCGGAAUGAUCGAGCAUACGAUUACUCCAAUACGCCGCUCGAGACACCAACACGGUGGACGGGACAUCCCCUUUCCAUGUCGACUAUUUUGCCCCCAGGGUCAAUGGCGCCACUGAGGGAAGCGGACGAGAACGACGCCGUAUCAUCUUUUGCUGGUGAUGAUGACGACCUCGAUCCCACGUCACCGUCUUUGCGGCCUGCCUCACGGGGGCAAUUCUCAACUAUGCCAUCAACAACGCCGAUGGCACCAGUGCCAUCACAUCUGGUGGAACGUGGUCUUCGGGAUGAAUUUGAAGAGCCGGAACAAAACGGUAUCAACAGGAGUACAAAGGCCAGUUCUCGAAUACCCAAGUUCGAAUCUCCCCGGUCUAGGCCAGAGGAUUCACGCCCAGCUGGAAUGUCCGAGUCUACAAAUACUGAUCGAGUCGGACCUCCACAGCGAUCGCUGGCUGCAACGAGGUCAUUCGGGUUCAGGCAGCCGAACAGACGGACCGUCGGGCCUCGACCUGCCUCACCAGAGGCCACCACGCAGGCAAUUGCAAGCAAAUCUGUCGGUGCAAGGCCAACUGGAUUACGAUUUGGCGCGACACAGAAUGCGGGGAUUACACCAUCUGCAAGAUCUGUUCGUAUCCAGUCACCGAGAACGUUCUCGGUCACAACACCUCGACCUGGAGGAGCGUCAAGGAGAGUCAAGCUACGAAGCGGCACCGCCAUGAACCAAUAA